AGACCGUUCUCGCGUCUAGUCAAGUGCAUGUUUCCCAACUGAGAUCGAUGGAUCUUGAGAGAGCUGUGCUUAGGUCGUGAUGAACCCAAGAUGGCGUGGAGUUCAGACAGGAUGAACGGAGGAUAGUUAACGAGGAAAAAAAACACACUGGAACAACGCAGAACGAAACGGUUAUUAUAACGAAAACGUCAACUUACACAGGACGUGUAGGAGUCGGUAGAAAAGAAGAUAUCCGCGGUCGUCAUCGCUCAAACCGACCGAGAGAGUGUGUGUGUGUGUAUGUGAGUGUGUGUUGUGUAAGUGUAUGUGUGCUGGGAUGGGCUGAUUGAGGAGGCCGCAGAGCCACUGCCACCUAGAGACUGACCCUCUAGCGAACAAUAGACCCUGUGAUCAUCAUACAAGACACCGACAAAUCAUAAAACACACCGGCUCAUUAAUAAUCACUGCGAGGCGACACCGACCGUGCUUGAAGAACUCAGACCAAGUACAGAAAUAGCUAUGGAUGGAGCAGAGGAGUUUGUUCCACCACCGGAAUGUCCAGUAUUUGAACCAUCACGGGAGGAGUUUGAGGAUCCACUUGGAUAUAUCGCCAAAAUCCGUCCUAUAGCAGAAAAGUCUGGAAUAUGCAAGAUUCGCCCACCAAACGACUGGCAGCCACCGUUUGCUGUAGAAGUAGACAAUUUCCGUUUCACACCACGUAUUCAGAGACUCAAUGAGCUGGAGGCGGAGACACGGGUGAAGCUGAAUUAUCUGGACAGAAUCGCCAAGUUCUGGGAGAUCCAGGGAUCCUCUCUGAAGAUUCCCAACCUUGAGCGACGUAUUCUGGAUCUGUUCAGCUUAGCUAAGAUCGUGACAGAGGAGGGUGGUUUUGAAGCGGUUGGUAAGGAGAGACGCUGGGCACGUGUGGCACAGAAACUUGGUUAUCCUCCGGGUAAAAACAUCGGCUCUCUCCUGAGGUCACACUAUGAGAGGAUCGUGUAUCCUUUUGAGAUGUUCCAGUCUGGAGCCAGUUUACCGCCAUGUAAGCCCAAGCCAUAUGACAGUGAGGAAAUAGAUAAGGAAUACAAACCCCACUCCAUCCCUCUCCGCCAAUCAGUUCAGCCAUCCAAGAUGAGCAGUUACGGCCGACGAGCCAAUCGUCUCCAGCCAGAGGGUCCAGAGGAUCCAACUCACCACCCUCUUACAACUGGCUCUCAACACAUCUCCUCGCCGGAGCCUACAGAGGAAGACAUAGAGAAGAACCCUGAGCUGAAAAAGCUUCAGAUAUACGGGGCUGGACCUAAAAUGAUGGGGCUUGGUCUUGUAGCUCGAGACAAGACGAGGAAGAAAGAUGAACUGCAGUCAGUGCCACAGACUGUAAUAGUGCGGGACAACACUGCCUGUGCAUCUGUUAAGGAGGAAACGGGAGAGACACCAAUCACAAAAUUAGAUCCAGACAUUCUCCCACCACCCCCAAACCUCAUUGUCAAAGAGGACGUUGAUGAUGACAAAAGUCACAUAGGCGAUCUAAAUGACGGCAGAGAUGAGCCUUGCACAAAGAUGACCAUGAGGCUCAGACGCAACCAUAGUAACCCACAGAUUGUGGACUCAUUUGUAUGUCGGAUGUGUGGACGUGGAGACGAGGAUGAGAAGUUGCUGCUCUGUGAUGGUUGCGAUGAUAAUUACCACACUUUCUGCCUGAUACCUCCACUCACAGAACCACCCAAGGGCAAUUGGCGUUGUCCCAAAUGUAUAGCGGAGGAGUGUAAAAAGCCUGCAGAGGCGUUUGGUUUCGAGCAGGCCACGCGAGAGUAUACGUUACAGAGCUUUGGUGAGAUGGCCGACACCUUCAAAGCAGACUACUUCAACAUGCCUGUCCAUAUGGUUCCGACAGAGCUGGUGGAGAAAGAGUUCUGGAGAUUGGUUAGUAGUAUUGAAGAGGACGUAACCGUAGAGUAUGGUGCAGACAUUCACUCUAAAGAAUUUGGUAGUGGUUUUCCUGUCAGCAAUGGCAAGAGACAGUUAACGCAUGAGGAAGAGGAAUAUGCCCACAGCGGCUGGAAUCUGAACGUUAUGCCAGUGUUGGAGCAGUCAGUAUUGUGCCACAUCAAUGCAGAUAUCUCAGGCAUGAAGGUGCCAUGGCUGUAUGUGGGGAUGGUGUUCUCUGCUUUCUGCUGGCACAUCGAAGACCACUGGAGUUACUCCAUCAACUAUUUACACUGGGGUGAGCCCAAAACAUGGUAUGGUGUGCCAUCAUCUGCCGCAGAGAAGUUGGAGGAGGUGAUGAAGAAACUCACACCUGAACUGUUUGAGUUCCAACCAGACCUGCUCCACCAGCUAGUCACCAUCAUGAACCCAAAUAUUCUCAUGGCUCAUGGAGUGCCGGUGGUACGGACCAAUCAGUGUGCUGGAGAGUUUGUCAUCACUUUUCCACGAGCCUAUCACAGUGGUUUCAAUCAGGGAUAUAACUUUGCUGAAGCUGUCAACUUCUGCACUGCAGACUGGCUGCCCACUGGGCGAUCUUGUAUCGAGCAUUACCGGCGGCUGAGGCGUUACUGUGUGUUUUCUCAUGAGGAACUCACCUGCAAGAUGGCGGCCUGCCCAGAGAAGCUGGAUCUGAACUUGGCAGCAGCAACACACAGGGAAAUGUUCAUCAUUGUACAGGAGGAGAGGAAACUGCGUAAAAGCCUACUGGAAAGGGGCAUUAAGGAAGCUGAAAGGGAAGCCUUCGAGUUACUGCCUGAUGAUGAGAGGCAAUGUGACAAGUGCAAGACCACCUGCUUCCUGUCAGCUCUGGCAUGCUCAAACUGCCAGGAGCGCCUCGUCUGCCUCUACCAUGCCCAGGACCUCUGCUCCUGCCCCACCGAAAAACUCUACCUCAGGUAUCGCUAUACUCUGGAUGAGCUCUUGGCCAUGCUGCAUCGGCUGAAAGUUCGCGCUGAAUCUUUUGACUCGUGGGCCAACCGAGUAAAGGAAGCCCUUGAGCAGGAAGAAGGCAACAAAAUAGGCAUUAAAGAUCUGGAGGUUUUGAAAGAAGAGGCAGCGGAGAAGAAGUUCCCCAAUAAUGAGCUGCUCCAGCGCCUCAACACCGUCCUCACAGACAUUCACAAGUGUCAGAGCAGAAGCACUGAGCUCCUCAGCAAUAGCCAGAACAGCAGAAUGAGUCUGGUGGAGCUGAGGACUCUGGUGGAGACCAUGCAGAACCUGCCCUGUGUUAUGACAAUGCUGGAGGAGGUGCAGGCUGUGUUGCAGAAGAUAGAGGAGUUUGAUUCCCGUGCACAAGUUCUCGUCAACAGCACCAAGGGCGAGUGGAGGCAGGACUCUCCUCUACCUGUGGCUUCAGAGAUCCAGGCCCUGCUGGAUGAGGGAGCAUCUCUGCAGGUUGUUGCCCCAGCAUGUGAGCUCCUGCGUGGGCUGCAGGAGCAGGCACGCUGGCUGGGAGAGGUCAGGCGGACGUUGGGGCCAGAGGGGGGUGAGGUGACUCUGGCUGUGCUGAGGAACUUGAUGGAGGCGGGUUGUAACGUACCGCAGAGUCUGUCAGUGGAGACUGCCAUGGCUGAACUGCAAGAGCUGCUGACUAUAGCAGAGCGCUGGGAGGAAAAGGCCCAGAUAUGUCUGGAGGACAGGCAGAAACAUCAUCUCUCUACACUGGAGGCCAUUGUGAACGAGGCCCAGCUCAUACCAGUGCAGCUGCCUAACAUCCUGUCCCUGCAGGCUUGCCUGAGCAGAGCCCGUGCUUGGGUCACUGACCUGGAGGAAAUCCAGAAUGGCGAACACUACCCGUGUCUGGAUGAUCUGGAGGGUUUGGUGGCCAUCGGACGGGACCUGCCAGUGAAGAUGGAGGAGCUGAAACAGCUGGAGCUGCAGGUGGCCAGUGCUCACUCCUGGAGAGAGAAGGCCAGCAAAACCUUCCUCAAGAAAAAUAGCCAGCACAGUUUGCUGGAGGUGUUGUGUCCUUGUGUGGAGAAAAGCAAGAAGCGGGAGGAGAACUCAUUGGGCACAGUAUCAGACUCUGACGUCAAUGUGUUAGGCCUCACUGCUCAGGACCUCCGUGACCCAGGAGCUAUCGUGACGACAUUCAAAGAGGGAGAGCGUCUGGAGAAAGAGGCCCUCCUCCGCUUGCAGCAGAUCAAUUUAGCUAAACCUGGCCUGGAAAAAGAAACGAGGGAUGAACACAAUGAAACACCCCUCAACUCAGCCGGCCCCAAGCUGCAGAAUGGUAGCUCCUCCCCUUCCCUCACGUCAAGCCAAACAGUGUGCAUGUGCGGUGGCCUGCCCCGCCCUUUGCUUCAUCGGUGUCACCUGUGUAAAGACUGGUUCCAUGGAGAGUGUGUACCCUUUCCACCACUGCUGGGCUCUUCUGACACACACCUAACCAAACCCCUCUGCUGGUGGGACUGGAACACGCGUUUCCUUUGUCCGCGCUGCCAGCGGUCCCGGCGGCCACGGCUGGAAACUAUUCUAGCAUUAUUGGUGGCGCUGCAGAGAUUACCUGUACGGCUGCCAGAGGGAGAGGCGUUACAGUGUUUAACAGAAAGAGCCAUCAACUGGCAGGGCCGAGCCAAACAGGCACUGGACACUCCAGAAGUGCAGGGGGUGCUAGAGAGACUGGAACAAUUAAAGGAGGAAAUGCAGAGUAUAAAAGAGGAAGAACAGGAUGACAAAAAGAAAUGGAAUGGUGAUACUGUAAUUGUGCUAUCUGACUCAGAGGAAACAGAAGAUGGUGUUAUUGAUCUGACGGAGGAUGCAAACUCCCCUAAAAAGAGUGAAAAGACUGAAAAUGGUACACAGUCUGGCUGUGAGAAUGGAAUCACAAGAAAGCCAAGUCCUCAUGACGUUUCCGGGCUGGAGUCUCUGCUGUCGUUAGUGCCAUCUCUUAAAGGGCCAGUGAUCGAGCUGACCCCGUCCACCAGAACACAGUUGGAGGAGCUUCAGCUAGAGGGAGACCUGCUGGAGGUCAUGCUCGAUCAGACACAAACCAUUUACCGGAUCCUACAGGCGGCAUCACAGCCACCUCAAGAUGCCCUGCACACGCUAAUACAGAUUGAAUUGCAGGAGCAGAGAAGCUCAGGUCGUGGCAGCAAGUCAAAGGACUCCAAAAGGAAGAGAAAGAGCCAGAAAAUUGAUGGCGAGCCGAAAUCCACAGAGGCUUCAGAAUGCAAGAAAACAAGACCUGUCAAUCACACAUCCCUACAGAUCCACACAGAGAUAUUGUGAUGGUGUCCUGAAGCUGUUGAGGGGCAGAUGGUGGAUAAUAGGAGAACCACAAACAGAUAAAUGCAGGGCAUCCGACUCAUCCUCCCUAUUUAAUAAGCUCAAACAUUAACUCUCCUCUUCAACCUAUCAAAUGGGGCUCCCACCUUCAUACUAAACUGCACUCCUCCAUGUGUUUUUUUUUCUUUGCCUCUCUUUACACCCAUAAUAUUGAAUGGUGCACUUGUGCAGGGCGCAAAUCUCUGUUCUCUUAGAAUAGGGAUAAAAUGAGAUUUGCCCUGUGUCUGUGAAGUUGUCUGUUGUAACAGUUUGUGUACCAAACUAUGCUUAUCACAGUCAAAUGCCGUGUGCUGCAAAAUACGACUUGUCCAGGUAUACACACACACACACACACACAUUUGACAACCUGAGAAAGGGGACGUUUAACAGGAGAUUGGCAUUACUGCCAUGAUAAUACUUGUAUUCUUUUGUACUGAGUCUCGUGUUUUGUUCAGGGAGACUCGACAUUGUGAAUAAACUAGUACAAUAUUUUGAAAGCGUGAUGGAAAAAACAAAGGCAUUUACGUUCUGGUGCUACUUUCCUAAGAUAGGUUACUGCAUAGUCCUUUCUCUUUUCCUCCUCUGAGUUUUGCUUUAUUAAUUGUCAUUUUCUUUCAGCGCUUCUGUUGUCUCUUUUGUUAAGCGAUUUGCUAUGUACCCCAUUCCCUCUCCACAGAACUGUACAAAACCUCACUUUAUCUCCAUAUUUUGUUGCUGGGGUUCUAAUAAUUCUAUUAUUAUUAUUAAUUAUUAUUGCUAUUGCCGACACGCAUUGUCGGGAGUUUGUGUAUAAACCUUUUUAUUUCAAUGUUGCCUUUGUUUCUUUCCACUCUUGUUAGAAAAUAAAAGUUUAGAAUUGUU